AUGGUAAAUAAUAAAAAUGAAUUGGCAUUGGCCUGGAUCAAUUUAAGUUAUACACAUAAAGGUGUACUAAUCAAUAGAAAAGAGACGACAAUACUUCAGGCACUCAAUGGACAAAUCAAUUUUUAUGAAAUAACGGCACUCAUGGGACCGUCGGGUGCCGGUAAGACAACACUAUUGAAAUGUGUUAAUAUGCGGCAACAGUCGGGUCUGUCCAGUAAUUCGCAAAUAUUUGUCAACAAAUACAUACCGUUGCGGACGUGUUUCAUAAUGCAGUCGUCCGAUGAACACCUGUUAAUGGGACUCACUGUUAGAGAGUCACUGUUGUUUGCGUCAAAAAUAAAAAAUCGUGUGACCACUGGCCGCCAAUAUCGAGAUAGUUGUGUCCAAACGGGCGACUCAUUGCUGUGUCUCGAGUCCGACAACAGUGGACUUACUUAUGAUAGCAAUGACAACAUAUACGAUGACUUUAACGACACUUUUAACUCUGACGGCAACUUUGAUCAUAAUCUUAAUAUAAACAAAAUAAUGUCUGAACUGUUAUUAAGUGAUUGUGCCGACACUACUGUCCAAAAGUGUAGUGGAGGCGAACAGAAACGUCUGUCAGUUGGCCUCGAGUUGGUUCAGCAAAUUAAACCAAACUUAUUGUGCAUCGAUGAGCCCACUAGUGGUUUGGACAGUAAUGCAUCGGAACUGGUUAUUCAGUGUCUUAAACAGCUAUCAGUGUUGCAUCGGAUGGCAAUUGUCACAUCAAUACAUCAACCAAACUCACUAUUGCUCGACAUGUUUGACCAGUUGUAUGUGUUGGCCAAAGGCGGUCAGUGUGUGUAUACCGGACCACCCAAUCAAUUGAGACAACACUUACUCGAUUGCAAUAUUAUAUGUCCUCAAGAGGUCCUACCAAUUGAACUGUUGCUGAAAAUAUCGUCAAAUGCAACGAAAAACAUCUCAAGCAUAAAGUCUGAUAAAAACAAAUGCAACAAAAUCUCGAGUUUAUCAAUGUUUGAGAGGAAUGCCGUUGAGAUCCGAAAACUAUUGGAUAAGACAAACAAAUCAACGCAAGAGAUCCAAGACAUAUGUCGACUGAAUGGCAAACUGGUGUCUAAAGUGGUUGACAAACAUAGCGUCGGUUUUAGCUUUUAUAACAUGUAUUACCUAUUGUUUCGAGGAAUUACUUGUUUUAUAAAACAUGACUAUAUUUUGGGAAUAGGAUUGUUAGUUAUGGCAUUGUUUAUAGCUAGUUGUUUAUGCUAUUUCUAUGGCAUGAAUGUUGGCUAUGAGGACAGUUGUCUCAAUAUAACAAUGUUCGGCAACAGUACGUCAACAAAACAUGUAUCACUUGAUAAGGCAAUGAAAAUUAUUGAUCAAGACUUGGAUGUCAUACAAAAUAUCAAGUGUCAGUUCUUUGCCAUCACAACUAUAGGUUUUAUUACAAUGGCCUGUUCUAUACUAUCGUUCCCGCAAGAGGUCCGGGUGUUCCUAAAUGAACACAAAAACAAAUGGUAUUCAACCGGUUCCUACUAUUGGGCUAAAUCGUUGACCGACUUACCGAUGACCGUUACGGUUGCCAUUAUCUACUCUAUUAUUAUGUAUUACGGAACGGGACAGUUGAAUGAAAUGAUCAGAUAUUGUUAUUAUACUAUAAUAACGAUAAUACUUAUGUUGAUAAGCAACUCGUUUGGUAACUUUAUAGGCAUACUGUUUGCACGAAACUUUCAAUUAGCCACCUCUAUUGGUGUCGCCUCCUUUUUGGUAGUGUUUUUGUUGGGUGGUUUUGCCGUCAGACUGUCCACAGCUGAUCUAGUGCUACGAGGAUUUAGUUAUGUCUCGUUUAUAAAAUUUGCAUUUAAUUGCAUAAUUAUAGUAAUCUAUGGUAUGGAUCGCUGCGGUGUUAACUUUGAAGGAAAGAUAUUGAUUUUGGAUCAGUUCGACGUCAAUGAUGAUCAUCUUUGGACUAACAUGUAUUGGCUGUUAGACCAUUACAUGUGUUUACACAACUCACUUAUUAUUGGUAUGUCAAUGGACCUGGUUCAAUUGGACUUAAAUAGAUCAUUAUAUGAUCAGGGAGUUGAUAUGGGAUCAAAAGUUGAUAUAGAUGUGCAAACAGGUUAA